UAAUGGGACUUGUGAGGGAUUUCUGACUGACUGAGAGACUUCUGCGGACAUACAGGACACGAGGAGACAGACACGAGCAGUCAAGUCAGUCCAUGAGUAUCCACCACGUCUUCUAUGCUGAUGAAAAGAGGCCCAAAUGCUCCAGGAUGGAUCAGGCACUUCCCAGCCAGAGCCCAGCGUCCAACCUGCUGGAGGCCGACAGCGAGGAGCUGAGUCUCAGAGUGGACUUCUUCAGGAAGCUGGGGUACUCCUCAGCAGAGGUUAUGGUUGCUCUGAAGAAGCUCGACCUGAACACAGACACUAACUCGGUGCUGGGGGAGCUGGUUCGGAGCAGGACCGGCACGGCACCUUGCGGCUCCGACAGCGAGGACAGGAGCCAAAAAGACCCUCUGCUGCCCCCCAGUUGGGCUGUUGGACCCUCCCGAAUCACACAGAAACCAGUGGAGUGGAAUCAUUCAGAUGCGGGAUUGAGACCUAUUGUUAUUGACGGCAGCAACGUUGCUAUGAGUCAUGGCAACAAGGAAGUGUUCUCAUGUCGAGGCAUCCAGCUCGCAGUAAACUUCUUCUUGGACAGAGGUCAUAAUACCAUUACCGUGUUUGUCCCAACUUGGCGCAAAGAGCAGCCCAGACCUGAUGCCCCGAUAACAGAUCAACACUUUUUGAUGGAGCUUGAAAAAAGGAAAAUAUUGGUCUUCACUCCAUCGCGCCGUGUUGGUGGUAAGCGGGUGGUUUGCUAUGAUGACCGCUUUAUCGUCAAGGUGGCAUAUGAGUCGGAUGGAGUGAUCGUAUCCAAUGACACCUACCGUGACCUCCAAGGAGAAAGACCUGAGUGGAAGAAAUGCAUCGAGGAGAGGCUUCUCAUGUUCUCCUUUGUGAAUGACAAGUUCAUGCCCCCAGAUGACCCUCUGGGUCGCCAUGGCCCCAGUCUUGACAACUUCCUUCGGAGAAAUCCUCUGCCUACAGAGCAGAAGAGACAGCUCUGUCCUUAUGACAAAAAGUGCACUUACGGCAUCAAAUGUAAAUUCUACCAUCCAGAGCGGUCGAACCAGUCUUACCUGUCCUUGGCGGAUGAACUGAGAGAAAAAGCCCAGAUUUCUACUGUAAAAGAAGAAAGAAAUGCCAGAUUAUCACCCAGGCAGCACCAGUCCGAUCCUGCUCAUAAUGCCUUUUCCUAUCCUUUAGACUCUACCAAAGAGCACACAAGAGACAGGCAAAGUCCUUCACAUCCCAGUCAGGUUUGUGAAAAUACACUGCUGUACUGGGAGGAUCAGAGAAAAAGUCCUAAUCAAAUGCCCUGUCCUGUAAACCAGUGUCACACAGAUUGGCCUGGGAUGCACUCCAUGCCCAGUCAAUACUAUGCCAACGUCUCUCACGAGUACCUUGAUUCUGGCCUUGGCUCUUAUGACAGUCAGUACUCUGACUAUUCGCAUUGCCUCAGUAACCCCAACAGACCCAGGCUCCAGCAGCAAAGUGCCCACGCCGGACCCAGACAGGCCCCAGUGCAUUUAGAGAACAACAACAGCAGCCAGUCUUGCAGGUGCUGUUCCCAUGUAGGCCCCUCAACAGUUUACCAGCAACCUCAUGGAAACCCAGACUGCAAGGGUCAUUCCCAAUAUGACAGCUACCCUCCUCAAAUGUUCCCGCCUAGUGUGCCUCCCCAAAAUAGCCAUCAGCAUUACGGUGGAGCCCAGCAUCAUCAGCAAAGUUACUGGUCGGAUCCAUUUCAGGGGUUGCCCCAAGCCAGGACACCGUGUAGUCUCCCCUCUUCGGCCCACUCCUCACACUCCAACAGCGGCUCUUACAAAGGCCAGCAGUACCACUCCUGGGGCCCAACGCAUGGAUCCCCCGAUGCGUUUGACCCACAAAAAAGGAUGGAUCUCCGCAAGAAACUGCAAGCCAUCUUCAACCCCAGUCAGGUGGAUACCGUCAUGGAAAUGUAUCCUCAUGUGACGAAUGCGGAGAAACUGGCUGCAGAAAUCCUCAACCUGAAGGCUCAGAGAGGGAUUUUCUGAUAAUCCUCUGAUGAUUUUCUACCUUUGCUUUCUUUUAAGUCAGAACUACCAUAACAUUUGUGUUGACUCUGUCAAAGCAAACAAGGAUUUUCUUGAAAAGCUUAAUUGUGUCGAUGGAUACGAUAAUACUUUAAUGGUCAGAUCAAGUCGGAAAUUUGACUUGCAUCACAGCAGCUACAUGUGUAACAUCAACAUAGACACAUAUCGAGACACAAUACAUAACAGCACAAUCACUGAGAGAAAACAUUUUCAAUGUCCCUUUAGCGUGCAUUUGAUCUGGGAUGAAUGAUCAUGAUCGUGAUUAAGCAUUUGAAUAUGUUUAACUAAGUUGCCAAUGCAGAAGUGCAAAUGUGCCUUCCUAUUUAUGAACAGUUAAGACAUCUGUUCAAUGUAUGUGUAUGACAUUAUAGUCAAAUGUGACCUUGUGAUCCAAUCAUUUGGAUGAAAUGUGUCACUUUACCAAAAAAAGUUAAGCCUAGUGCUUCUAGAGUUUUGACUGUUGAUGCAUAUUGUGUCAAAUGUUAUAUAUUUUAAUCUAUUUCCAAAAAAAGUUCUCAUGCAAUAAGAAAUGGCUGUUUAAAGUUUUAUUUUUGUAUUUUUUAUUUCACUCUAGUUCUCCAGAAAAUUGGGUUUUUCUAUAUUAUACCUGAGAAAUAAGUAUGUUGUAUUUUUUAAGCUUUAGCCACAUUAGGCUGGUUGAAGCUGUAUCCCCGAUCCAAAAUGUUAUUUAUAAUAAAUGAUAAGGAACAAGGAAACUGUGAAGACUUUUAUAGAGUGAAGGCGAAAGUCAUUUCCCUGUGUGUCAUCAACCUUUCCCGUAAAUCUGCAUCAGUUUCAUGAAACACUCCCGGAACAAGUGUUGUGUAAAUAUGUUCUGUUGGAUCAAUUUACAGUUAGCUUGUCUUAAAAAAAACAUAUUAAAAAUAAAAACAUGUCAUGUAUGAAA